AACAAAAAUAUAAAAUAUUUUAAUUAGUAUUAACUUAAAACUUUUCUUCGAACUAACUUAUUAUUCAAAGUUAAUAGAUUAUACAGAAAUACUAAUAUAUUUCGGAUAAAUACUACUCUUUUUAGAAAAUAAAUUAAAACUAUUCGGGAUGUAUUCAUUCAUUGUAUUUAUGCUCUAAUAAUAAUAGUAUUUCUAACCUUGGUAAGGAACUCAUUAUAUUAGAAUAUCCUUUAAAUUCUGACCGGAAUCGUUUAUUGGAACGCCUCAAAUACGCCAAGCAACCCUCCAGCAAGGACGACCAAUCAGAAUCUGGCAAACUGUUGCCAAUUCAAAAUGGCUCCUGUGCAGAUGCUGCCACCGGGAAGGGGAGGAAAAUCCAAUAAGCAAAAUUGGAAACCAUUCCGAGCUGACUUUUGAGGUCCGGAGGACAAUCAGAACUUAUUGCAACUCAGUCUUCCAAACAGAACAGACCCAAGGUCUUCCAAUUGCAGUAGAUAUUUUUAACCGAAAUGCAGCAUCCACAUCCAAGUGACCAGCCAACCUACAUGCCAGAGGUUCCCUUCCAGCCAUUAUGGGGCCAGGAGGCACCACCCCCGCCGCCAAUAGUGCCCUAUCAGGAGCUCAUUGCUGGCUUUCCCUGCACCGAUUUGUCUAUCUGGCAGCGGUCCCAGGUAACGCCACUUGUGCCCCAGCGUCCGACCGCCAAUGGCAGAUCCAACGGCACCUCUAGCUCCGCUAAGAAGACUCGACGUCGGGUGGCUUCGAUGGCCCAGAGGAGAGCCGCCAAUAUCCGGGAGAGAAGGCGGAUGUUCAACCUGAACGAGGCCUUCGACAAGUUGCGACGGAAGGUGCCCACCUUUGCCUAUGAAAAGCGACUUUCCCGCAUCGAGACCCUGCGUCUGGCCAUCACCUACAUUGGCUUCAUGGCGGAGCUUCUAAGUGGGACUCCUUCGAACUCUCACAAAUCCCGCCCAGAUGUCUAUGGAAGCAUGAACGGGCACCACCAGGCAGCUCCACCGCCAAUCCAUCCGCACCACCUUCACCCGGCGGCGUAUCAGCGGGACUUUGCCUCGCCCUAUAAUCAUAGCCUAACCUAGUUCUAAAUUAAAAAUAUUCCUAAAUAGUGAAAAAGUUAUUAAUUAUAAUAUGUCAAGUGUGUUUCCUUUUAUAAAAAUAAUUUUAGGUAGUGUUUAAAGUUUUAAAUGUGAAAAGAGACUUCAUGUUCUUGAUUAAGUGGCAAGAAGUUGUAAAUUUCGUUAAGAGAAAGCUUGUCGGGCUAUUAAGAAAAAAAUACAAUAAUUUGAAUAAUAUCACCAAUCUAAAAUAUACAUAUUAUCCAUAUAAAAAACCUAAAUAUUCUUAAAGUCUUAAUUUAUUACAAAGUGCGAAAAACGAAAAGUGUUUUAGUUAUCUUUCGAUAUUUUGAUAUCAUGAAGUUACCUUUUUAAACAUAUAACAUAUUUUAAAGAAUAUACUUCUAUAAAUGUAAAACUUUAAUCUGAAACUACUAGUAAUCCUUUCUAUAAACUG